GGCGCUUCAACUUUCUUGCUCCCCAUCCAUGGGCCACCCAGUGGGCCGCGACUCUCCAACACAGGCUCAUUGGCCAUAUUUUAUUCAAAUCUACAACAUUCAUCACUGAGUACUGAACGUACUGAACUCUUACACGUGGUUCACAAAAUCACCGCAAAAAGCCCACCGCACCCACGUUCGUUGACUUGAACCACUCCCUCUCCCAUAAUUCACUUCCUUCAACCGCUUUCAUGAAAUCUAGCUCGGCACGGUCGUACACGUCCGUCCCAGGGUUCUUCAUUCAAGAUAAUGCUACCACAGCACCUGCUGUACCUCCGCGGUUAGGCUUAAUCGACUCGAGCGAGAAUCGAUGGGGAGUCAUUCAAGCUCAGAUCAAGAAACUGAACGAAGAGAGUUUGUUGGGCGAAAAGUACAAGUUGAUCAUAUUUGGGAGGCAUGGACAGGGAUUUCAUAACGUCGCGGAAACGAAGUACGGUACUGAAGCUUGGAACGAUUACUGGUCCAGAUUGGAUGGAGACGGUGAAAUUGUCUGGGGUCCUGACGCUGAGCUUACACCUCUCGGAGAAGACCAAGCACGAGUGGUCAAUGCGGAAUGGAAAUCGGAACUCCAGUUUAAUAUCCCUCUUCCCAGGAAACGAUACAUUAGCCCGAUGACGAGGGCUUUGAAUACGUAUACUAUCACGUUUGAUGGGGUUCCCUUGGAGGGAAGACCGCUCGUACUUGAGAACUGUCGAGAAGUAUACGGCAUACACACCUGCGACAAACGUCGCUCUCGCACCUAUAUCACCACUACAUUCCCAAAAUUCGAUAUCGAGAAAUGUUUCACUGAAGACGACGAACUCUGGACAGCGGAUGUGAGGGAGUCGGAUGAACAUGCGGCUGAGCGGGCGAAGGAAGUUCUGGAUGUUAUUUUCCGUGAUGAGGACGAGGAUGAUGAAAGUGUGGUUGAAGUCGUUUCUGUCACUGCGCAUAGCGGUAUCAUCAAUGGGUUUUUAGCGGCGGUUGGUCGACCGUCGUUCGCGCUUCAAACUGGAGGUGUAUUGCCAAUGGUGGUUAAAUCUACAUGCACCUGAUAAGGUUGCAUUUUCGAUGGUACUUGUAACUUAACGGAACAGGAUGGUGCAGAGGAAUGCGGGACUACUACGUUUUAGGAGAUUAAU